AUGACUGAAACCUUUAAACAUCCUCAAAUUCAAGGCAAGCAUGGAUGGUUCCGAGAGAAACCGACACUUUGGCCCGGCCAAGCAAUGGGUUUGGAAAUCGAUGAAAUUCUUCAUCACGAAAAAUCUCUUUAUCAAGAUGUUUUAGUAUUUAAAUCUAAAACUUACGGAACUGUGUUAGCAUUAGAUGGCGUGAUUCAAUGCACUGAGCGUGAUGAAUUUUCUUAUCAAGAAAUGAUUACUCACACUCCAAUGAUGUGCCAUCCGAAUCCUCAAAAAGUUCUCGUAAUUGGAGGUGGUGAUGGCGGGGUUCUCCGUGAGGUCGUUAAACAUGAAUCAGUUGAAGAAGUUACUUUGUGUGACAUUGAUGAGGCGGUAAUUCGCGUAUCCAAAAAAUAUUUACCCGGAAUGGCAAUUGGUUUUGAUAGCCCCAAGGUUAAAGUUCAUAUUGGUGAUGGAUUUCCUUUUUUGGAAGAUAAAGCUAAUACUUAUGAUGUUAUAAUUACUGACUCAUCUGAUCCUGUUGGACCAGCUGAGUCUUUAUUUCAAUUUAAAUAUUACGAACUUAUGAAAAAAGCGUUGCGUCCUGGUGGCGUUAUUUCCGCUCAAGGCGAAUGUCAAUGGCUUCACCUUAAAUUGAUCACCGAGGUUCAAAACUUUUGUCGUCAACUAUUCCCAGUAGUCGAAUAUGCUUAUACCACAAUCCCAACCUAUCCAUCAGGUCAAAUCGGUAUAUUAUUAUGUUGUAAUGAUCCAUCUCGUAAUAUGAAGAAACCGGUUAGAAAAUGGCCAGAAGAUAAGGAAGAAAAAUUAUUUAAGUAUUAUAAUUCUGAAAUUCAUGAAGCAGCUUUUAUUUUACCUCAAUUUACAAAGAGUGCAUUGAAAGCAGCAGAGGCAGAGAACAAAUAA